AUGAUCGCUACCACGCGCUACACCACCUCUCCGCACCCUCACAACUUCCUCCCGACCAUCCCAUCGCCACUCUCGCGCCGCAGCGCGAAUGUUCAUGGCCGACAGCCGUUUCAAUUCAUGUCGAAUCCCUCUGAUGACGAAGCCGCAUAUCGUGUCUCUAACCCCACCGGACAGGAGAACGAAGAUAGUGGUCGUAGUAGUAAGUGGGAGAAAUACAGCAAGCGAGCCGUGAAAAAGGUUCCCACCCCGCCGAAGCCCGACGAGGUGAGGGAGAAGAGGCGGAGGAUGUUUUUGAGAGGGGUGAGGGAGGGGAGGGAGGAGAGGCGGUGGGAGCAGAGGGGGGAGGAUAUUAUGCGGUUGGAUUUCAUGCGGGAAAGGAAGAAGUGGGAGGCGGAACUGGCGCGGGAUGCUUCGUAUCUGGAUUCGGACAUUAUUGAAGAGGAGGAUGAGGAGGACUACGCGCUUCCGACAUCGUCUGCGGGUAACGCGAUGCAGACUUCGGAUCCCAACACGAGUCAGCAGAUGCCAGAGGAGGAAUUGGAUGAAGUUCUGAUGCGCGAGGAGGAAGAUAUGAAUGUGCUGCUUAGCUUCAUGCCUGAUGAUGAGGGUCAGUCAACGGAGCAGCGGGCUAGCCACCAGGAGGAAGCACCCGAUCACUUCUGGAGCGACGACGACGAUUACGAUGCGCUCUUCCCGCAGAUCGUGGCAAAUGAGCCGCAGAGUAGUGCUCAGGAUGUAGAGAUGGAUCUGAGCUAG